AUGCCAUACAUCCUCAUUCACCCCCUUCCUCCACCACGACACAACCCCUACUACCCCUCUCUCCCCACAUUCACCACCUCCUCGCGCGCGAUAGCGCACUUCUUCUACAGUCACGGUUGGCGCGCCCGACAUGUCUACAUUUCCUCCCCACCGUCGCCUGAUGGCAGCUCAGCUACGGCGUCGCCGACAGGUUCGCCGUCGAGCUCGCACUCUUUGUCCCUAUCGACCACGAGUCUGGGAUAUAUUGAUGCUUUCACACUGUCCCUUUCCCGCGCUUCUCUACCCGACGACGAGGCGCUUUGCUGUCGCGCCAGCACCGGCAGUUCAAUCCUCUCCUGCGGCGCCAUCAUCGAACUGCACUGCUACGCCAUCCCCAUCAACAAGUCCAUCUUCCACGGUCCCUCUGCAACUAAGCUUCAGAUCAAACACUUCCUGUGGUACGCACAUCCACACAUCUCCUUCGAAGUCUCGGGAGGAGUCGUAGAUCUCCACCUACCGAACCAAGAAGCCAUGGCGCUGCAGAAGGAAGCAGAUGAGGAAUUUUGGCGGACAGAGAGAAAGACUCUCCGCAUCAAAAACAGAAAGGCGAGGGAGGCUAGAGAGAAGGCAAAUGAGGCGGUCAAGGAUAUAAGGGAAGCAUUGAAGGCGUUCAAGGAGAAAAGAGGCGGUAGAGGAAGUGGUAGAUGAAGAGGUGGAUGAGCAGAUAGAUGAAGAGCUGGGUAGACAGUGGGAGGUCGCCGAGUGUACGCUGUAAGCAAGUGGGAAUUUGGUAUGCGAGGAGGCUGGGCAGCGGUUAAGGAAGAUGGGG